AUGGUUAAGAGGAAUAAACGUAAAUCAAAGGUACUGGGGCCGUGUGGAGAGGAACCUGAAGUUAAAAGUCCCGAAUAUAAUUGUAUUACAACUUGUGAAUGCAAGGAAAAUCCGCUUGUACUUCUUUCGCGUCUUACUGAAGUUGAAACUGCUGCCAGGCAAUCUCUAGAGAGACAUGAACCUAUCCUUAUUGCAGGUUCUGUUGGCUGUGGGAAAUCAUCACUUGCAAAUAAGCUUGCUAAAGAAUAUUGCAAUGUAAUGCGUUCUAUUCAGAUUAGUGAGCAUACAGAUGCAAAGACUCUUCUAGGAGCUUACUGUUGUACUGAAAUUCCAGGACAGUUUACAUGGCGUCCAGGUCCUCUGAUUUCAUCAAUAGAACAUGGUUAUGGAUUAGUCCUGGAAGAUAUUGAUCGUGGGUCUCCUGAAUUGCAGCUAUUAAUCACUUCUGUGUUAAGAAGGCUAAAAAAUUAUUCAGUCAAUUCAAACAAUAACAUACUAUUAAAUCCCGUUUCUGGCAAUCCAACCACUCAUCAUCCCAAUUUUCGCUUGUUUAUGACCAGCGUUUUAUUUCAUGUCAUGGUGAAGAUUUUCGCCAAGAAUCUGGAAAUGCAUUGGCUGAGUUUUUGGAUCGUUACUGUUUUGUAA